AUGUUCGAUUCUUUUCUCUCUUUCUCUCUCUCUCUCUCUCUCUCUCUCUCUCUCUCUCUCUCUCUCUCUCUCUCUUUCACACACGCACUUUCUUUUGACCCAUUGCCUGAUCAAAGAGAAUGGAGACUUCAACAUUACAUCUAUCAAUUGAGAAAUGGGCAACGUUGCCGUUCAGCACAACACUACCCCCAAACCGCCACCCGCCCGACCCAUGCCUCACUUUCACUCUAUAUCUGUCUAUCUAUCUAUGGCGAUUUGACUAUCUAUCUAUCUAUCUAUCUAUCUAUCUAUGGCGAUUUGACUAUCUAUCUAUCUAUCUAUCUAUCUAUCUAUCUAUCUAUCUAUGGAGAUUUGCCUAUCUAUCUAUUUAUCUAUCUAUCUAUCUAUGGCGAUUUGACUAUCUAUCUAUCUAUGGCGAUUUUACUAUCUAUCUAUCUAUCUAUCUAUCUAUCUAUCUAUCUAUGGAGAUUUGCCUAUCUAUCUAUUUAUCUAUCAAUCUAUCUAUGGCGAUUUGACUAUCUAUCUAUCUAUCUAUCUAUUUGA